CAGCUGCAAAUCUAAACUCCUAUGAUAGGCCAUUGCAUUCAUCAGCUCAACCCUGUAAAAAUGCGUACAAAUAAAUCUAAUGCAACAAAAACAAAUCUACACUUUUCAGUUCAUUUUCACUCUUUAAUCAUGACAGCCAUAAAACAUUUAGUUUAGUUGUGCAGGGGAAUUUUAAAUUUAAGGGGCAUUAUUUUCCCAAGCCCCCUCCAAUUUCCAGUUUUGUCUUUUUGUCCAAUUUUCAAAUAUUUUGAUGCUUCAAAUCAAAGUUUGUAAUGUUGUGAUUCACCUUGCAGCUGGUAGGUUUGGUUCAUGGUUUGUAACUCUUUUUUUUUUUAACAAAAAUUUAGAAUGCAUCUCCUCGCUAUCUCUAGCUUGCAUCAGACUGGCGGUUGGAGGGGAGUGGUUAAAGGCCUUAAUGGAAAUCAGUGUGCUUCAAGCUUUAAAUGAAUGGUGUUGUAACCCGCCAACAUCUGGGAGCCUUCCAUGGAUAGAUCCACACUUGCCCAACAAGUGGAGAGCGUUGAGCGUAAUGUAGCAUUUUUGCAGCAGGAGCACCGGAUCCUCCUAAGCGGUCUACGGCUAGAGAUACGCAACCUGAAGAAACGAUGCAAUGAGCUGAGUUGUGAACUAAGUGAAAGACCACCAGUAAGAAGCCAAGAUGAUAUCAACCUGGAGGAAGAGCUUCUGCAGGCACGAUUACUGGAGACAGAGCAGCAUCUGGCUGAGCAGGAAAGCACACUGGUAGAGCUGCGGGCGGAGCUACGGAAAAAGGGGUCACUUGCGAGCGCACUGCAGGUUCGACUUCGAGAUGAAGAGCGGCGAUUCCUGGAGGAGCUAAAACGACGCAGUCAUAAGAUUACAACGCUGAGUCGUGACCUCCGCAAGCAGACUGACCUGGCCGCUCAGCUCUCCUUCCAACUGCAUUCAGCACACUUUCGAUUGUAUCACCAGACAGAAGACUAUGAGGAAGAGGAUGAAGAAGAAGAGGAUGAAGGAGGAACCAUGCAGGAAUCAGAAUGGACUCCAAAUUCUCCAUGGACAUCUCCAGUUACGGCGGAAAGUGCACGUCAAAGCCGAGCUUCAGGAAGGAUGCGGAGAUCAGAAAGAGUGAGGGAAUGCGUGCCCCGUGAACGGGUGCUUGGGCCCGAAGAGGCGCGCCCCAUGCCCGACCCCGCCCUUUUCCUUUAUCCUUUCAGACACAGGCUCCUCCCCUUGCACAGGUCACUUGGAGGUCACUGGAGUGAAGGUGGCCUUUCAAGAAUGUCAGAAGCUCGAAUAGGUAGAUUCAGAGACCGACCAUUGAGAGAGGACAUUGGACCAGAGACAACAGAGUUAUAGAGGGCAACAGUGCCCUUAAUUCAGUGGCCUUGGUUCUGGAGGGAUUUAUCCUAUUCAUUUUUCCUAUAGGGUUUUAAAAAAGUCUGUGUUUAAGAGAUAUAAGCCAUGAGCCAAUCCAGUCAGCUCCGAGGUGAUUCACAAAUAUUAUAAACUUUAAUUUAAAGCAAAGAAUGUGUUUAAAAUUCAGAGAAAAAGAGGAAGAUACUUGUGCUUAGCGGCUUUAAUGAGGAAAAGAACUAGAAUCCCAUGAAGCAUUGCAAAUGACAUAUUUGAAAUUAAAAAUGAUAAAGAAAACUGACUCUACAUCAUUCGCAGUACCUCCUGGGAGUGGGCUUGUCACAAUUCUCUGAUUGGUGGACUCAUUGAUAAUGUAGUUUUUCACCAGGAGUUCUGAAAAUAAGUUGAAAUAAUGUGGGCUGAUGCUUUAACAAAAACAAACCAUCUAUUUACAACAUUGUAGCUCAAAGUAGGUCUGUUUAUACAGGUUUAUAUGUUAUAAUUGGAAAUCCAUUCCCCUAUGGAGAAAGUGAAUGGGAUUUUGACUUCCAGAACCUGACUGUUGCAUUCUAAAAACUUCCUGUUUUGAAAGAUUCAAAGUUGUAAGGAAUGUUACAGAGUAACUCUGAGUUACAAAGCACCUGAAACCUACAUUGUGAUGUCCCUUUUUGAAAUGUGUCUUUAUUGUUGAAUCCAGAACAUUCUAUAAACGAGUAUUCACUUUCCAUGCAGUCAUCAUUUGUGUCAAUGAAGUGAAUUAUUCUGAUCACAUUAGACACACUUUAGAAGAACGGGAAGCGUAGAUGCAGGUAAACAGGUGAACUGUAUUGCUUUUGUGUUUUUGGUCUUUCUGUCUCUAUUGGAAAAUAGCUUUAUGAUGUAUUGAAUAUAUACAGUAUAUGAAGUGACUCUUGGUUUAUUUAUUAAAUACUACAAAAAUUGUUUGUA